UCAAAGGAAAGAAAACAUUCCUAUGUUUGCUUUUUUACUCUAUUUAGACAAGGAACUAAAGGACGUUCCAUAUUUUACUCGCGAAAGUGCGUAAGCCUGUCAAAAUCAUCACCGCGCCUGUUGACGUGAUCACCUCUCUCUCAUAAUUAUAUUGUUCAUCGUCGGAUUCGAUUUCUCGUAAUUUUUGGCAAUUCAACAUCGUCAUCAUGCAUCUCCGGUCAACCAUCUUUGUUUUUAUUUCGUUGGGAAUGAUAGCCCCCUCUCUACAAUGCCUGCAUCUAUUUCGACCUCAAGCUACCCCAUGUAGCAGCGAACCGUGCCAACAAGGGGCGGAAUGUUUCGAUGAUGAAGUGGACCACUACGCAUGCGUAUGUCCUCCCGGAUAUACUGGAAUUAACUGUGAAAUAGAAACGGCAUGUUCAUCCUCCCCGUGUCUGUUCGGAGCCUGCACGCCUCAGGGUGAUGAGGGAUAUCUAUGCGAUUGUGAGCCAGGUUUCACCGGGGAAAAUUGUAACAUCGUUGUAGAAACCCCAUGUUUCUCAUCUCCAUGUGAAGAAGGAAAGGAUUGCAUUGACAUAGACAAUGGUUACAGAUGUGAAUGCCCAGAGGGAUACAGUGGUGACAACUGCGAAACUAAGGACCCUUGCUUCCCCAAUCCAUGUCAGAACAAUGGUGAAUGUGGUAUCGAUGGAGAAUCCUAUGAAUGUUAUUGCGAAGGUGCAUUCUCCGGAGAUAACUGCGACAUUCCAAUCGAAUGUGAGAACAACAUGUAUUUCCAUGAUUGCGCUUCGCCCUGUGGACCGGCCCGCUGUGGUGUCACCGUUGAUUCUUGCAUCACGUCCUGCGAUCGCAAAUGUACCUGCCCUCCAGAUACUCAGCUAUGUCCCGAAGGGAUGCUCCCAGGGAUGACCUGUGUGACUAACUGUACUGAGUGUUACAUGCCAUAGAAACAGUGCUGGUAUAAUUACAUUUUAAUUGAUUGAUAUGCGAAUCUGGUAUAAGCCAAUCACUUAAGCUGAAAAGAACUUAAACUGAAAGAAUUUGUAAGGGUCAAAAUAUUCAUGGAUAAUUUGGAUAAUAUGCCUUUAUGUCAAAUUUAUUUAAAAUAUUUUUUUCUCAGUCGUCUGAGUUAAGUUUUCCCAGUCAUUCGCCGUAGAUGGCGUAGUUUCUAAUCCGGCAUGGGGAGUAUCUUUGUUCCUGGAUUUAAAUCUUGAAGAUACAGUGUAUUGACCUACCGAAAACAAGUAUUUUUCUUAGAUAUGGAAACAUUUAGGCCUUUGAUUCUUAACCUCUUAGUAAAACCUUUUAUUCAUCAUGUAAUGUACUCUUUAAACAUUCAGUAAAUUCAUUGAUAUUCUGUAACCAAUCUGUAUUUCUGAAUAAACAUAACGUUGUUUCGAAAAUUUAUGUGUAACCGUCGAUUAUGUUUUAAUAUCUGUUUUUAAGACAAAAAAUGGAUAUUGUCAGCGCGAUUGUAAGAUAUUUUGCUUGUUUUAUUGAAAAAUUGAAUAAAGCAUUAAAUGAUUUUAUAAUUUUUUAAUUGUAUUUAAAGAGAGAGAAGUUAGAUGAUGAGAAAGAAAAAUAAUACUCACUGUUAAACUAACUUUUUGACAACUUCACAAGAAUGAAACAUAUUCAUAAUAAUACAUUCAUUUACGCAUCAUUUACAUGUAUUUCAUCAAAAUCUCAGUGUAAUCGAAUGUUUUUCUUUAGCAGUAUUUUUGGAUGAUAUGAAUAAGUAAAAUGUUGUCAAU